UUGUCCUGUAUCGUGUUCCCCUGUUAUUAAACCCUGUUUGUUUUGCUAUCCUGCGUUUGGGUCCACUACCUGCCCCGCGUCAUGACAGUUUACAUACUAGCCUUAGGCUUGUUAAUUAGACAUUAUAUAUUAAUUACAAAACUUAAGGGUGGCUUAGAAAAACCCAUUAAAUGUCACAGGAGCUGAAAAAGCAGAAGGAAAAUGUAUGUGUGUUGAUCAAAAUGUGUUUGUUUAUUAUCAUUAUUAUUUUACAUGUUGAUUUCUUGCUGUCCAGUGUGUCUAUUUUAUCAUAGAUUAAAUCUACAUUUUUUAGAAACUACUUUUCAUAUGUCAAAAAACAAAAACAAAAAAAAACAGGAAACUAUCAUUAGUUUAUUAUUAGUGUUUUGCUAGUGGAGAACUUAUAAACAUAAAAGUCUAACUUUUCCUGCAAUCAUGCAGAACAUGUAGGAAAAAGCUGCUACCUGUAUAUGUUCAUAAUGUACAAAUCCCACCAAAAUACUAAAGUUUGUCCCUUUUUCUUUUCUUGUGAAGACUUAAAGCUAAGAAAGAUAAUAAUCUUCCAGCUGAAAGGCAACUCAUCCCUGGAGUGGUCGAGGCAGACCACAUUCCACCACAGAGUAGUUUUUGGGAACUCUGUAAGAUUUUCAAAAAAAAUAAAGAAAAGAAGAAAUCCUUCAAAGUAAAUCAUCCGGCACUCUAUAACUUAGUGAUGAACAAUGAGGAUAAAAUUGAGAAGUAUUUAGAGAAGGAUGUGAACAAGAAGGAUAAGAACAAGAAGGAUAAGAACAAGAAGGAUAAGAACAAGAAGGAUAAGAACAAGAAAGAUAACAACAAGAUGGAUAACAACAAGAAGGAUGAAAAAAUCAUUCCUAGUUUUUAUGGAAGACAUCUGAUUUGCAUGAAUGCUCUGUACUGGGACCAUCGACGUGCACUGAGUACUGGCAGCAGUCAUGUAUCCGUAGCAUGCAGAGAAUUGCUGACUGAUACAUUUGGAAAUGGAGACGUGGUUAAAGCACUGAAGCUGUCACUAAUAAUGGCACACCCAGAAUCCUCGGACAACAUAUACUCCGGUAACUGUUUCUCAGGGGGAACUGAUCAAUCAAAGUACAAGGAGUGUAGACUUACACCAGAAAAUAUUAACAAAUACUACAAAGAUGGAUUUAAGAAUAUUGUAAAUAAAUACAAGACGAUAGAAGUGAUUGACGAAGUCAACGCAGCUCAUCUGAUGGCCUGGGUGGGAGAUGAUAAAUAUCUGUACCAAGAAGAACUAAAUAAAAUAAUUAUGUUUUGCAACAACAAGCUCAGUCAGAGGUUACAGGCCAGCACUAAGAAGAGGAAUGUGUUUGCAUUUUCGGGUGAACCAGAUGAUCAGGUGUUGCAUACUAAUAUUUUUGAUAACAAUAAAAUACGGAGGUUAGCAGAAAGAGAUGUUGACUAAUUAAUCCAAAUAUUUAGCUCUAAGCUAACUAGUAGCUUAAAGUUGUUUUUGAAAAAAAUAAAAAGUAUAAUCGAGUCUGUUGUUCAAAG